GCCCAAUUAGAGAAAUAGAGGGGAGGAAUGAUUGAGGGGAGACUAGACCUUCUCUUCUAAACUCAGCCGAAAGACAAACCUAUUCUUCUCUACUUCCUUCGCCCUCCUUCUUCAGCUGGUUGAGACUUGAGAUUGGUGGUGGACUUUUUCCGAGCCAGGUAAUUCGGCAGCCUCGGCCGUGCUGUGUUGUUUUCCUUGUCUUAUAUAUUCACAAUGGCGGAUGAUGAACCUGUAGAUCCAAAGAAGUAUCUCGAGGAGUCAUGCAAGCCGAAGUGUGUGAAACCAUUACUUGAAUAUCAGGCAUGUGUUAAAAGGAUCCAAGGAGAUGAAUCUGGGCACAAGCACUGUACCGGGCAAUAUUUUGAUUACUGGUCUUGUGUUGACAAAUGUGUGGCACUGAAACUAUUUGCGAAACUGAAGUAAUGGGGAGCUUAUAUUCUGUCAUGAACAUUGCCAUUUUUAUUUCUCUUUUCAAAUUCAAGAAACUGUUUUCUUGAGCAGUUGAUUUUGUUCCCUGGCUUAGAGACAUAUGCCUGAAUGGUUUUCUUCCAGAGGACUGCAUUUUUUCUCGAAAAAAAAAAUAGAGAUUUGAAAAAUAAUUAAUAAAAGGAAUCCUCAAUGUUAGUCUGACCAA